AGCUGGAACUGAACACCAAGUGCGUGGUGGAGAUGGAAGGGAACCAGACGGUCCUGCACCCUCCUCCUUCCAAUACCAAGCAGGGAGAAAGAAAACCUCCCAAGGUGUUUGCCUUUGAUUAUUGCUUUUGGUCCAUGGAUGAAUCAAACACAACAAAAUAUGCUGGUCAGGAAGUCGUUUUCAAGUGCCUCGGGGAAGGAAUUCUAGAGAAAGCCUUUCAGGGAUACAAUGCUUGUAUUUUUGCGUAUGGCCAGACAGGCUCCGGAAAGUCCUUCUCCAUGAUGGGUCAUGCUGAGCAGCUAGGCCUUAUCCCCAGGCUCUGCUGUGCCCUGUUUAAAAGGAUCUCUUUGGAGCAGAAUGAGUCCCAGACCUUUAAAGUCGAAGUAUCGUAUAUGGAAAUUUAUAAUGAGAAGGUUCGGGACCUCUUGGACCCCAAGGGGAGUAGGCAAUCUCUUAAGGUCCGAGAGCAUAAGGUCCUGGGGCCGUAUGUAGAUGGGCUGUCACAGCUGGCUGUCACCAGCUUUGAGGACAUUGAGUCAUUGAUGUCUGAGGGAAAUAAGUCUCGAACAGUAGCUGCAACCAACAUGAAUGAAGAGAGCAGCCGCUCGCAUGCUGUGUUCAACAUCAUCAUCACACAGACGCUGUAUGACCUGCAGUCUGGGAACUCAGGGGAGAAAGUCAGUAAGGUGAGCCUGGUAGACCUGGCAGGAAGCGAGAGAGUGUCGAAGACAGGAGCUGCAGGCGAGCGGCUGAAAGAAGGCAGCAACAUUAACAAAUCGCUUACCACCUUGGGGUUGGUUAUAUCAUCACUUGCUGACCAGGCGGCUGGCAAAGGCAAAAACAAAUUUGUGCCUUAUCGAGAUUCAGUUCUCACUUGGCUUCUUAAGGACAACUUGGGAGGGAACAGCCAGACCUCUAUGAUAGCCACCAUCAGUCCAGCAGCAGACAACUAUGAGGAGACGCUGUCCACACUGAGAUACGCAGAUCGAGCCAAGAGGAUCGUGAACCACGCUGUAGUGAACGAGGAUCCCAACGCCAAAGUCAUCCGAGAACUUCGAGAGGAGGUGGAGAAACUGAGAGAGCAGCUCUCGCAGGCUGAGGCCAUGAAGGCCCCCGAGCUGAAGGAGAAGCUUGAAGAGUCUGAGAAACUGAUAAAGGAGCUAACAGUGACAUGGGAAGAAAAGCUGAGGAAAACGGAAGAGAUCGCACAGGAGAGACAGCGGCAGCUGGAGAGCAUGGGGAUCUCCCUGGAGACCUCCGGGAUCAAGGUGGGGGAUGACAAGUGCUACCUUGUCAACUUGAACGCAGACCCUGCCCUCAAUGAGCUUCUGGUUUACUAUUUAAAGGAUCACACCCGGGUGGGUGCAGAUACCUCUCAGGACAUCCAGCUCUUUGGAAUAGGGAUUCAGCCUGAGCACUGUGAGAUUGACAUUGCAGCAGAUGGAGACAUCACUCUGACACCGAAAGAAAACGCAAGGUCCUGUGUAAAUGGCACUCUUGUCUGCAGUACUACCCAGCUAUGGCACGGUGACAGAAUCUUAUGGGGAAAUAACCACUUUUUUAGAAUUAAUUUACCUAAGAGGAAACGGCGGGAUUGGUUGAAAGACUUUGAAAGAGAAGCAGGUCCAGCAGAGCAUGACCUGGAUGCUGCAAGCGAGGCUUCCUCAGAACCAGACUACAACUAUGAGUUUGCACAGAUGGAGGUCAUCAUGAAAACCCUGAACAGCAAUGAUCCAGUUCAAAAUGUGGUACAGGUCCUGGAGAAGCAAUACCUGGAAGAGAAGAGGACCGCCCUGGAGGAACAGCGGCUCAUGUAUGAGCGUGAGCUGGAACAGCUUCGCCAGCAGCUCUCCCCAGAGAGGCAGCCGCCAAGCAUCGUCUCUGACCGCCUGGCUUACAGCAGCCAGACAGCCCAGCAGAAGGUGACCCAGUGGGCUGAGGAGAGGGAUGAACUGUUUAGGCAAAGCCUAGCCAAGCUUCGAGAGCAGCUGGUGAAAGCAAACACUCUGGUGAGGGAAGCCAACUUCCUAGCCGAGGAAAUGAGCAAGCUCACUGACUACCAAGUGACUCUUCAGAUCCCUGCAGCCAACCUUAGUGCCAACAGGAAGAGAGGGGCGAUAGUGAGUGAGCCAGCCAUUCAAGUGAGGAGAAAAGGAAAGAGCACCCAGGUUUGGACCAUCGAGAAGCUGGAGAACAAGUUAAUUGAUAUGAGAGACCUUUACCAAGAAUGGAAAGAAAAUGUCCCUGAAGCCAAGAGGCUCUAUGGGAAGCGAGGCGACCCUUUCUACGAAGCUCAGGAGAAUCACAACCUCAUUGGUGUGGCUAAUGUGUUUUUGGAAUGUCUCUUCUGUGACGUCAAACUUCAAUAUGCAGUACCCAUCAUCAGCCAGCAGGGGGAGGUUGCUGGGCGUCUCCACGUGGAGGUCAUGCGUGUUACGGGGACUGUUCCAGAGCGCGUGUCGGAGGAUGACUCUUCGGAGAAUUCUAGUGAAAGUGGGAGCCUUGAAGUUGUGGACAGCAGCGGAGAAGUCAUUCACCGAGUCAAGAAGCUGACGUGCCGGGUAAUAAUUAAAGAGGCUACUGGGCUACCCUUAAGCCUCUCAAAUUUCGUCUUCUGUCAGUAUACAUUCUGGGACCAGUGUGAGUCUACUGUGGCUGCCCCGGUGGUGGACCCAGAUGUGCCUUCCCCGCAGUCCAAGGACGCCCAGUACACAGUGACCUUCUCUCACUGUAAGGACUAUGUGGUGACUGUCACAGAAGAGUUCCUGGAGUUCAUUUCUGACGGUGCACUGGCCAUUGAAGUGUGGGGCCACAGGUGUGCUGGGAAUGGAAGCUCCAUCUGGGAGGUCGAUUCACUCCAGGCGAAGACAAGAACACUGCAUGACAGGUGGAAUGAAGUAACUCGGAGAAUAGAAAUGUGGAUCUCCAUUUUGGAAAUGAAUGAGCUCGGGGAGUUCGCUGCGGUGGAGCUUCACCAGGCGAAGGGCGUCAAUACCGGGGGCGUCUUCCAACUCAGACAGAGAGAUGAGGAGGAUGGCGAGGAUAUGGAUAGUUAUCAGGAGGAAGACUUGAACUGUGUAAGAGAGAGAUGGUCAGAUGCGCUCAUUAAACGACGGGAAUACCUAGAUGAACAGAUUAAAAAAGUCAGCAAUAAAAAAGAGAAAACAGAAGACGACAUGGAGCGGGAAGCCAGGCUGGUGGAGCAGUGGGUGGGGCUGACCGAGGAAAGGAACGCCGUGCUGGUGCCUGCCCCUGGCAGUGGGAUCCCCGGGGCUCCUGCUGAUUGGGUCCCACCUCCUGGAAUGGAAACACACAUACCAGUUCUGUUCCUGGAUCUGAAUGCGGAUGACCUUAGUGCCAACGAGCAGCUAGUGGGCCCCCAUGCAUCUGGUGUGAAUUCCAUCCUGCCCAAGGAGCACGGCAGUCAGUUCUUCUAUCUGCCCAUCAUAAAGCAUAGUGAUGACGAGGUUUCAGCGACAGCCUCCUGGGACUCCUCGGUACAUGACUCUGUUCACCUGAAUCGGGUCACACCACAGAACGAAAGGAUAUACCUGAUCGUGAAGACCACAGUUCAACUCAGCCACCCGGCGGCCAUGGAGUUAGUGUUACGGAAGCGGAUUGCAGCCAAUAUUUAUAACAAACAGAGUUUCACCCAGAGUCUGAAGAGAAGAAUAUCGCUGAUAAAUAUAUUUUACUCUUGUGGCGUGACCUAUGAGAUAGUAUCCAAUAUCCCAAAGGCGACUGAGGAGAUCGAGGACCGGGAAACACUGGCUCUCCUGGCAGCACGGAGUGAGAAUGAGGGCACUUUGGAUGGGGAGACGUAUAUUGAGAAGUACACCCGCGGUGUACUGCAGGUCGAGAACAUUCUGAGUCUGGAGAGGCUCCGGCAGGCUGUCACGGUCAAGGAGGCACUCUCCACCAAAGCCCGGCACAUUCGGAGAAGCCUCAGUACACCAAAUGUUCACAAUGUCUCCUCUAGCCGGCCAGACCUCUCUGGUUUUGAUGAAGAUGAUAAGGGCUGGCCUGAGAACCAGUUAGACGUGUCUGACUACAGCCCCAGUUACCAAGAUGUUGCAUGCUAUGGAACUUUACCCAGGGACUUGCCCCGCAGGAGCAAAGAAGGUUGUCCACCAGAGAAUCCUCAUGCCUUAACAGUCAGCCCUUUUAAAGCAUUCUCUCCUCAGCCACCAAAGUUUUUCAAACCUCUAAUGCCCGUAAAAGAGGAGCAUAAGAAAAGGAUAGCCCUUGAAGCGAGACCGCUCCUAAGCCAAGAGAGCAUGUCUCCAUCUCAGGCACAUAACCCUGGCUGCAUUGUACCCCCAGGAAGCAAUGGCAGCAGCAUGCCAGUAGAACACAGUAGCAAACCUGAGGAGAAGAUUGACUCCGAAGAGGAGGAAAAUGAGCUGGAGGCUAUUAACAGGAAGCUGAUGCACACACAGCCUUAUGUGCCCGUGGAGUUUGCUGACUUCAGUGUUUAUAAUGCCAGCCUGGAGAACAGGGAGUGGUCUUCUAAAGCCGGCCUGACAGACUCGAGUGUUUUGGAGAAAGCAGUGUCUCGGAGCCCUACCACCAGCAGCCUCACCAGUGGCUACUUCUCCCACAGUGCCUCCAACGCCACUCUGUCUGACAUGGCAGUCCCUUCCAGCGACAGCUCGGACCAGCUAGCCAUCUCAACAAAGGAGAUUGAGUGUAGUGAGCACGCUGGACCUUCACUUGCACCUGACUUCAGACCAGCUUCAAAUAAAGAUCCUACAGAAGUAGAAAGAGGCUUGGGGAAGGAUAAGACAAUCACAGUGCCACCUGAGGAAAACAGUGCCUUACCCAAGGGGAGUGCAUCACCCCAGAGCAUCCCUGAGAAAAAUUCCAGGAUGCCAUGCAGGACUGCUUCAUGUUCAGAACUGGAUGCUGGCCCCAGCAAAAAUGGCCAACCUGCCAGAGAUUUCUGCCCAGGAGAGGUGACUAUAGAACAUACUACAAACAUAUUGGAGGACCAUUCCUUCACAGAGUUCAUGGGUGUGUCUGAUGGCAAAGACUUCGAUGGUUUGGCAGGUUGUUCUGUUGGAGAGCCCUCUGAUAGGAGGGAUCUACCAAAUGAAACAGACCAUGAAAGUGUCCCAGAUGGACCCCCAGAUGCUGACCAGCUGCAUUCCAAGAUAGAGAACGAACAGGAAGCCACGACCACUUGGUAAGAGACAACCAUGCAUCUGCAGGCACAGCUUGGCAGCUUCACCGACCCUACCCUGGGACAGUACCUGCCCUAUCCUCAGACAGCUGUGACCCACCUCGACCUCAGACCAGCAUGGGGGAGCCCUGCACUUCCCCUCCCCAGUGGGAGAAGCAGCACUUUGUCCCACAGCAGAAUCACAGCCUCUGCUCUUUCCAGAAAGGAAGAGAACCAAAAUCUUGGCUUACCUGAGUGGCAGUAUUUUCGUUUGCACUUCCUACAUGUCCCCACCGUGUAAAGACCUCCACAGACUCAAACUUUAUUCUUGUACAUUUUUAACCAGUUCUUACUGCAGACUCUGGAGUCAAUGCUCUGAUUUGUUUUUUUUUUUUAUAAAUAAUAUAUAUUAUGUAUGUGAAUUGUGUAUCUACAGUAUGUCUGUUUGGAGACAUAUCUGCACAUUGAAAUGCAGAUAAGUGAUUUGUCGAAAAUCACAAGGUACUGGACUUUGUUACAAAGCGACCUGAUGACUGCUUUGACACAAGCAGAUGAAAACAAAAAUAUUUUAUUAUCUAAGAAUGAGGUUCUAAACUCCUCUUUGUAGAAAAGGCUGCAGGCGCUGUUCUUUAUAACCAAAGCACUAUGAGACUGAACGUCUUUGCUGUCCACUCUUGUUUCGUGUGAGUAUAUAAUCUCACUGCCAUCUGGUGCCAUACUAUCCUUGGCUACCCAGCCACGUGCUGCCCUCUUCCCGGCCCAUCUCCUAAGCACACUGAGAAACAGCUAUAACCUUUGGUCUUCCACCUAGCCCGAUACCUGCUGACUUGAUAUUGACCGUUGACAAUGGCUGGGGCUCCUACUCUAGCCUAGCAUUUCCCAUACCCUGUUCAACCCAUCCAAGCAGGUGGAAUGCACAGGGCAGUAUUACAACAAGCAGACACAAUUCUGUACCGAGAGUGGGCAAGAGGUUCUGGGUGAGGAGUCUUGAUUUGGGGCUUCUCUAUCAAUUUCUUUCAGUUUGGUAGAUUCCAUUGUGGUGUGGUUUUGCCAUUGUGCUUGAUUCUGGAAAAUGAUGAAGAGAUGGACUGAGCUAUUAUGUUCAUAGGUUUGCACGUCACCUUGUUUAAGGGGGAUUGAAUACAGACCACUCUGUUGUCACAUUUUUCCAUUUCAAACUCCCCUGCAAGCGGAGACAUUAUAGGAUUGUGUGUGGAAAUUUUUACAGAAAUAUUUUAUGGACUUAUUCUGUAGAUGCCUGUGCAGUGGACCUCUGUGUCCAGCUACAUGUGUGCUGUGAGAGAAAGUGAGAGAGCAUGUGUGCAGCCUGCUGUACUUUUUUUAAGUUCUUAGCAUUGGUGAGGGAGAUACGGGAGAUUUUAUUGAAAAGCUGCUGUCUGUGUGUAUAGUGAGCUGAUGGUAGUAUUUUACUAUCAUCUGUUUAAAACAAAAAGGAAAACUGUAAUUUAUAUUCCCUUUCAACUUUGUUGUAUUUAAUUGGUACAGAUUGUGUGUGUUUUAGAAUACAAACUGUCUAAUUCAGAUUUUAAA